GGCUGUGGCCUAUUUGAUCCCCUUGUCUCUGUCGAUCACAGCCGGAUCACUGAGUCCCUCCCUUCGGUUGACUAUGUCUGAAUCUAACGGGAAGGACGCUUGCGAGGAGCGCGUGGGCUACAUCACCCGGGUGCAGAGCUUCAGCGCCUGCCAUCGACUCCACAGCCCUCAGUUAAGCGAUGAGGAGAACAAGAGUGUUUUUGGGAAAUGCAACAACCCAAACGGCCACGGACACAAUUACAAAGUGGAGGUGACGGUGCGAGGAAAGAUCCAUCGCAGCACUGGGAUGGUCAUGAAUCUGACAGACUUGAAGAAGUGCAUUGAGGAAGUCAUCAUGAUCCCUCUGGACCAUAAAAACUUGGACAAGGACGUCCCAUACUUCGCCACUGUCGUCAGCACCACUGAGAACUUAGCUGUUUACAUCUGGGACUGCAUGGUCAAGAUGCUUCCUCCAAACCUGCUCUACGAAAUCAGAAUCUACGAGACCGAUAAGAACAUUGUCAUCUAUCGAGGAGAGUAGAUGCCUUUUCUACCUUGAAGGAUCCUGAAAUUCUUGAAAGAAAUGACUUUGUUUUUAUGUAAUUGUUUUUGUGACUUUUGUUUCACAUUUGUCCCAAAGACCCAUUAAAAUAGCAAAACUAGAUGCCUUUUUAGUUCUAUGUGUAUUUAAACAGAAUUAAAUUGUUAUAUGAAGCAA